AUGAAAGGGGAAUUGGAGAAUCUUUUUGAAUUAAAUGUGUCACAGGCUAAGCUUAAAAGGGCCAAGGGGUUGGCCCUUUUGAAGUUAGAGGGCAGUUUUCUUGAUGAUUACAAUAAACUUGAGGCUUAUGGGCAAGAACUUAGACAAUCUAACCCUGGCACUGAUGUUGUGAUUAAUAUAUCAAGAGGUGCUCCUGAAGAAGGUAAAAGAAAAUUUCUGAGGAUGUACAUAUGCUUCAAUGCAUUAAAGUUGGGUUGGAAAAGUGGGCUGAGACCAUUGAUUGGUGUUGAUGGCACAUUUCUGAAGGGUAGAUAUAAGGACAAAGACACUUCCAUGACUUGGACUUGGCUUUUUCAGUGUUUGCAGCUUUCUUUGGAACUAAAAAAUGGACUAGGGGUGACUUUCAUCUCAGAUAUGCAAAAGGGAUUGAUUGAUGCUGUGAAGAAUACAUUUCCUGAAUCUCACCAUAGGUUUUGUGUGAGACACAUUGAGGCCAAUUGGCAGAAAAAGUGGAGAAAUGGACAAAUGAAGAAGUUGAUGUGGUGGUGUGUUUGGAGCACUUAUGAAGAAGAGUUCAAAAACCAACUAAGAAAGUUGGGUGAAUUAUCAAAGGAGGAUAAUCAUUCUGCUACCAAGGAUCUUUUACACUUUUCUCCUCAAGCUUGGUGCAGAGCAUAUUUAGACACUCGGUGUAAAAAUAUGAUGGUUGACAAUAAUUUCACUGAGUCGUUUAAUUCAUGGGUUCUUCAAGCUAGAAGCAUGCCAAUCAUCAAGAUGCUGGAGGAAAUUAGGAUAAAGGUUAUGAAUUUGUUAGUUAAAAAUGAAGAUGAGAUCAAGAAAUGGAGGGAUGACUUUAGUCCACAAGCUGUUGAGUUCAAUGGUGAAUUUGGCUAUGAAAUAUCUGAAGGUGAUGAUAGGCAUAUUGUUGAUCUUUUUCAGAAAAUAUACACAUGUAGAGUUUGCCAACUAUCAGGAAUCCCUUGCCCCCAUGCUAUCAAAGCUGUGUUGUAUGACAAGGGUGAAGCUGAGGAUGAUGUACACUGGUUCUACAGCAAGGAGGCAUAUUCCUUGACUUACAAGAAUAAGUUGCAACUUGUUAGAGGACAAAAAUUCUGGAAAAUUACUGAAGCUCAAGCCAUAGAUCCACCUGACAUUGCCAAGACUGUGGGCAGGCCUAAAGUCAAUAGAGUAGCUGAUGAAGCAAGGAAAAGGAAGGGGGAGUGGAGUCUAUCAAGGAGAGGUAUUGUUAUGACAUGCAGCAACUGUGGUGAUGUGAACCACAAUACUAGAGGUUGUUUCAAGAAAGUUGGUGAAAAGGGUGCAUCAAACAUUGCAUCAUCCUCCACACAACCACCACAAGACUUUGAUGACUGGUUCGAAGAAUUCUUCAACCAUGAUGCUGCAACUGAACCAAUGACACAAGCUUUUACUGAAGGUGCAGAUGAAGGGUCAAUGCCCAAAGACUUGGCUUAUUCACCAACUAAAACAACUUGGGGAGGCAAUGCAACACUUACACCCAGGCAGCUUGAAGCUCAAGCAAGAAGAAAGAGAAAGAAGAUUGGAUCAAAAGGGAAAGAAGCUGUUGUACCAGAAUCUGAUGUCUAA